UUGGGUGCGAGUUUUGUGCUUACAAGAAGUUUAUUCAGCAGUGGUUUUGUUUUUAAUAAAACAAAUAAAAAUGCCUCUAAUUAAAUAAAACAAGCAACAAAUAGAACAAAACAGACCAUUUUUUUAAAAUAUGGAUGAAGAAAAUAUCUUAUUAGUAUUUCUAACGCCUAAAAUUGAUUUACACAAGACAUGAUUCGCAGAGAUCCUAAUCAGACCACAAGAUGGCCAUUUUGGGCAUUCAUGGUUGUUGUGGUUUGCUUAAUUUAUCAAGAUUUAUUUGGUGUUGUUAAAGAUGAUAACAUUGAAGAUAAUUUACAUUUGUGGUUGAAGAAAAAUAGCUUAUCAUUUGUUGUGGAAAUGUUGAAAAGAGAUGGUAUCACAAAUAGUACAAUCAUAUUAUUAACAAAGUCUUGGGAAGGGUAGUUAAUCCACAGAAUAGAGACCAUAGAGGAGCCUGACUCAGCUAAAAAUGUGUAACCGCUGUCCAUUGUCACCACAUUAUGAUUUGCAAUGAUUCGUCAUCAAAAUGCAUUUCAUGUUCCUAGUCAGUGUGGUUAUGAGAGGCCAGACUGCAGAGUUGGGCACUUUUCGACGAGAUCUCGGGUGCGCAAAUGUUAGAGAAUUCGAAGUGCAGGUGCGCAAAACAGUUACAAGUGCGCAUCAAGAUGCAGUCAAGGGCACAAAAGUAGCGAGAUACAUGUUAAAAACAAUGAAAAUGAGAGAUUUGAGGGCAGAUUAAAGUGCAAAAUUGUUAUAAAGUACACCCAGGUCCGCUGAAAUUUCUGCCUAAAAAAAUAUUGAGUGCGACGUUGACCAACUCUGCAGUCUGGAUGAGAAGCAUUCACCCCUCUGAAUGUCUGCCAUUUUGAAUAUUUUCAGGGGCGCGAAUGUCUCUCAUUUACUGGCGCACUGGCAAGGAACAUUGCAACAGCAUUGCAAUGGUUAUGCUAAAAUCAUAGGCAAAGCCAAAAAGUAAAUCUUCUGUCAGCCUCGUCCCCAGGCGCUUUGAUUUGAUGUGCGGUUUCGUGAGAAAUCGAGAGCUGUCCACUGCUUGCGUCGGAACCUGUGCGUCUGAGUUGGAGCCUGGGGACGAGGCUGGUCUUCUGUAUGGUCUCUAUUCUGUGGUUAAUCCUUGUCAAAUUCCACUAUUUGUGGAAAAUGGUUUAUGUCAUAUCCAAAAUGUUGACCCAGCUUUUAGCAGAAAAGUGUGACCUUUCUGAACAAACUUGGGCAAAGAAUAGAUAGUUCAACUCAUAUACUAAAGAGAGAUCUAUCACACAUUGACAUGAACAACUACAGUAUAUUGCACAAGUUUAAAACGUCAGAUUUCUAACAGCAGAUAUUAAUUUGCUUACAUUUCAUAUGCAAUACUAUUAUGAUGUAUUUUUUGAAAUUUACUUUUAGAAAUUACUUCAUUUGAUAAAUUUUUGCAAUUGGAUGCUACCAACUUUGUUGAACAAAACCAAAUGAGUUUUGAACAAAGAAUCUCUUUUAUAAACAAACUUAAUGAGUUGAGAACUGGGAGUUUAAAACUGGCAACAUGGCUUGAAAGCAAAGGAUUGGAAAAAUACUGCUUGGGAUUUUAUAAACUUGGCUAUAUCGACCUUGAAAGCAUUCAAGAGAAAAUGCAAAGGUUUGAGAUUAAGGAUGUGACUAGCAAUAUGGAUGGAUCAUUUGCAGACUACCAACUACUUGUUCAAGCUGUUGAGGAGUUAAAGGAUGGUUCAAAUGGCUGGAUGAUUGUUUCUGUGUUCUAUUUCUUCUUUCAUGCCUUUAUGUUUCUUUUUAAAUGGCUAUGUAAGUAUUAAUUUUGUGCAAACUUCUCGACAGGUUUUCCAUGGAGUGGUGUAUGAGGGAGCCUAAAUUACUGCCCACUCUCCUUUGCAGUCUGCAGUGAUACUAUCCCAACAUUGCCAUUAUUUGAGAUGGCUAAAUCUGCAUGUUCGCCAUUCUGUUAUGUUUUACAUAAAAUUUAUCUUUUGUUUAUAAAGUUGAUAUGGGUUGUUUGUAAGUAGUUUAUACAGUAUGCAUGACUGAUUGACUGGACAGUUGCUGUACCACAGUAAGUAAAUUUGCUUAAAGUUGUAUAGUAACUACAGGAACUAAAACAUUCUGAGUAUUCCCUUGUGAGCUCACAAAUCAAUUAAAUUAUUUCAAGAAAUUGACACUUGCUAAUUUACAGUACGGUAGAAGUUCUACUAAUUACUAUUCCAAAAGCAGAAAAUGUAUGAUCAAGAAGAUUUUUUAGGGGAGGAUGGGGUUAGACAACACUAGGUGGGGUGUGCACUCCUCUGCAACCCCACAAUAGAUCCACCCCUGCUUCUCAAUCAAGUAUCCCUGUGCUAUAAAAUUAUUUAUUAUUAAAUAUUAUAUUUUUUCAGUUCGACUCCUGUUGCUUUUUCUUGGAUAUGCCUCUUAUCAUGUGGCUGUAUCUCGGUACAAUGCAAUGCGACGUAACCGUAAUCUAACAUUUUCCCAAUAUUUUAUUGGCUACUACCUGGAUCCAUCAUCAUGCCAAGUGGAGUGGUUGCAGAAAGAUAAAACCGCAGUUGGAAACACUGCUUCUUUUCUCAUAAAGGUGACUGUUCAACUAAUUCAACCCAUUAAGUUGCAUUGUGCCCUGUGUAAAUGCACUGUAAUGUGUUAAAUUUAUUUUAAAUUUAAUAUUUAGCUGUACCGUAAAAGCUGGUUUUUCUUCUAUACUGUCACGGGACGAGAAAACGUGCGCGUUGAAGUUCGUAACAGAGAAGGCGCUGAAGCAUUUGUCAAAGAACGAGACGGAAAACAAAGGAAUGCUUACUGUGUUACCUUUCAUCCAAAGAUCUCGGGAUGUUAUACCAUUUCAGUAUUGAUUAAUGGUAAACACAUACAUGGAAGUCCAUUUAGGAGAACGUUUGUACCAGGUUUGUUUAGAAAGCAGCCGUAUUUUGUGCCUGAACUACUUGAAACAACCGUUAGCAACGUUGUCAUGUUAUAUACACUCAGAGUAACAUCACAAACAUCAUAUUCACCUGAGUACAUUACACCAACACAGAAAAAUAUCAUGAUUACUAGAUUACAUUGAUAUCGAAGGAACUAGACUCAGUUCCGAAAUAUUACAUACUUGAACCGACCUGACCGCGUAGCUCAGUUGGCAGAGCAUUGGGCUAGUAUUCCAAAGGUCGUAGGUUCGAUUCCCACCAUGGCCAGGCAUAUUUUUCAAGCUUGCCCGGUGUGGAUAUACACUCAGAGUAACAUCACAAACAUCAUAUUCACCUGAGUGCAUGACACCAACACAGACAAAAAAGUUUCGUAUAUCGUUACAGGUCCCAUAGAUAUGUCUAAAGUUUCAAUCCUGAACGGUAUCGACACAGUUGUAGUCAUCCAAGGUGUUUAUUAUCCUCUGAAAAUUGAAACUCGAGAUAAAUACGAAAAUCUUUGUGAAUUGGAAUACACGGAGGAAAUGUUUGAAAUUAUUAUUAAACAGGUACUGAAGUCCUAA